UCAUUAUUGACUGUAGCCAUAUAAGGCACACAACAGUUUCAUGAUGACUCAAAACACAACUGCGGGAUGAACGAGUGACAACUUUCCGGGCAUUAGCGGACCGUUUAAAAUGAAUUAAUUCUUCCCUCGUCCUGCAAGUGUCAACACGUCAGAAGUGUCCACUUAAUUUGAGGGGAGAGGGUAACUAUUUUAAGAGUUUGAAACGCAGCCCUCGAUUGAGAAUCCGUACGUCAGUGAAAAAGAACGGCCGAUAUUUUUUGAGUGUCUGCGCUCAGAGUGUACAGGAAACCAACACUCCGCCGAUUUACAAAUAAAUAUAGCUACGUUUUGGUUACGUUUGUUGACAAAUUGUUUAUCUCAGAUGGAGAGCCACAGUGGUGACAACAUCCCUGCAUCGAAAUGCAGCUCAGUGAUAUAUUACACAACGUUACCCUCCGAGACUACACCAACUGAAGAUGGCGAGCAUUCUUCCGAGCAAGCUGGUGGUACGGAGACAAGACCAAGAAGUGAAACUUCGACGCAAUAUAUUCCAAAAGCGGGGGGCCACUUACACUUUCAGAUACCGAGAAAGAACAAAGAAAAGAGAGCGUUGUUCCAGUAUGUGUCCUCAGAGUCCAGGGAGUUUGAGGACAUCUUGACUAUUCUGUCUUCCAGCUACAUAGAAGCCAGCUCCAACGGGACGUUUGCGUACACCAAGCUAAGAAUCGUCCACAGCGAACUGCUGGAGAAGAAUUUUGUAGAGAAAAGGAGGGAGCUGAAGCUGGAUGGGAGGACAGAGAAGGAGCUGGAGGAGACCCACUGUUUCCUGACUGCUGACUCCAUCAAGCUACCAUGGAUCUGUGAGAAUGGACUUCUUGUGGGGCACAGCUGGAUCACCGCUCUGGGAAAUCCAGCUAAGGGUGUUUAUUUGUCUAAAUACUCAGACUUACUGCAGAUCAAUCCUUUGAACCCUGGAGUCAUGGGAGAGAUCAUCAUAUUCAAGGUUAUCAAGGGUAAAGUAAAGAGCAUCUUUGAUAACAUGUCUAAGAACCUUUUGGAUCCCACACUCAAGUUUGACAGCCAUUUAUCGAAGAAUGCCAGCAUAGUCACAUCUCUCACCUCCUAUAGAGCCUAUGAGCUCACUCAGCAAUACUUCUAUGAGUAUGACUUUGAUGAGCUGAAGGCUCAGCCGAGGCAUGUGUGCCCCUAUGCAGUGGUCUCUUUCCAGUUCAAAGGCAAAGAUGCUCCGUUACAAGCCAAGCCCAUGGCUCCCCUAAGGUCAAACAGCCAAACAUCUGUAGGAAGUAAAGGCAGGAGUAAAUACACAGUGUGGAGUGGAGAGCUUGUGAAUGAGGGUAGAGCAGUGUCCCAGGUCUCCUUCUGCUCCUUCUCUCCCCCCUUCCUGCCUUUCAAACUGCCAGAGAAGCUGGAGCUGGGUCUGGUGAUGAGUAUGGACCAGGUAACUCAGAUGAUCCCCUCGGCUCUGUUCUCCUGGAACCUGUACGCAGGCAGCCACCAAGUGUUGAAGAGUGGGACACACUGCAGUCUGCUGGAGGUGGUGGAUAAGAGCAAGUCAGGAGACUGUCUGGCAGCACUGCUUCAAGGCAUGGAGACACAGCGACUGGUUCUUGUCCACAUGUUGGCUGACAAAGGAUUCCUGUUCCUCCUGUCUUCAGUUCAGAUGGCCACUCCAACUGAAAGAAGAGAUGGGUUGAAAAAAUGCCUUCGAGCGCUAUUUGUUUUUCAGGAGUCCAGGGACGUGGCAAAAUACAGUUCAAAGUGUCCAACUACCCAGGAGCCUUUACAGACGUCCUCCCGUGACCCCGCCAUGCCCCAGCUGAACAGCUUUGUCCCAGCCCUGCAUCACGCCCUGGUCAAGGUGCGCUGCAACCCACCCGCUGACCUCUCGGCCGGGGUCGAGCGCCAGGCCAGGGACUACCUCAGUGGACUCCACCAUGGAAAGCGCCGCCACAUCCCCAUGACUGAAUAUGACACCAAGCUGGAUGACCGGGGGAAGCUGUUCCCGGCUCCCAAACACCACAAACUCAAAAUGGAGGGCUACCUGCGCUCCUACAUCUACAACCCCAACCUCUACACCAUGCCUGUUUUCCAAGCCAAGGAGAUGGUAGAGAGUUACUGCACUGUGCCCGAUGACAACAGCCCUGUAAUGGGCUGGGAGGGCAGUGGAGCCAAGUCAGUGGUAGGGUCAGAGGUCAAUCCUUAUGGUGCCACUGCUGCCCAGUCCCCGAGGAAGACUGCAGAGAGGACUCUGAACUACCGGAAGAAGGCCUCACAGGAAAGAGGCAGAAGGGAUAGGAGAACAGCUGCAGAAAAGGGCCAGGGCCCUUCUUGUCUGUCCUCUGUGAUGCUGCAGAGUGUUGGUCUGAGAGACGUGGACCUGAGGAGAGACCGCUCAGAGGCUGCUUUCAAGUUGUCUGAGGGGAGAGGAGGAGGAGGAUGGUCAAGAGAGGGGACAGAGCAGACUAAAGCUCUGCUGUUUGAUAGGAUGAUCAAGCUGGGCCUGCCGCCCAAUCAGGACAUUGACCUGAGGAAUCGACCUUCUGGGGGCCUGCAGGUCAAGGCUGACUUCUUGGAGACAGCAGGGAGCACGAACAGUCUGGAGGGCUUCAGCCCCAGUUCCAAUGGUGAAAUUCCCAGAAGAUCACAGUCCCAAUAUCAGGGGGAAGAACAGAUGCCAUGGGUCCUCAUCCCCAUCACAGGCCUGAAGUCAAACAAGUACUGCCUGAGCAAGAAGGACAACCCUCAGGACCCACGCUUUGUUCCCCAGAUCCCCAUGGCAAACAGAAGCUACCUCCCCUGUGUCCCGGAACGACGGGAAAGAAGCAUCAACUCUACGCUAGAGGAGCUCCCACAGCAUAGCCUCAGUACUUCCCUAGCGGUGUCAGAAGAGCCCAGCCCCUACCCCAUUCCCUGCCCAAGCCCCUGCUCUUGCUACAGUCCCAUGGAGGAUGAGCAGCAAUUAGCUGAAACCUCCUGUGACCCCACAGAAAUAAGCGGCAACCAUAAGACGAGCACAAACCAGAGCUUCUUUCAAAUCCCUGGUGUUCCAGCGAGCACCAGGCUACUAGACAAGUGCCGCAGCCCCUCACCUGAGCCAAAACCAAAUGGAGUACCAACCCGUACUAUCCCUAACCCUGUGGAGGCUGGGCAGGAACAGGUUGAAGGCAGCACAGGAAAAGUUAUAUCUGGCGUGGUUGCUGAAGAUCCAACCACAAUGGAUGUUGGACAAGAAGAGGGGGAGGAGGUAGAGGAGGAAGAAAAAGAGUUGGAGGAGGACGAUGUGAUUGAAGUGGUAGAUGAAGAGGUGGAGACGGUUAUAAAGCAGACAGAAGAGGUGUCACCACCCUCUCUUGACCUCAGUUCUCCUGAGCAGAUUCCCGUCCAAAAUCCUCCCCCAUCCAGAACACUCCUCCCGUCCAGAGGCCCGUGCUGAGCAGAGUGAACUGUGUCCUGGACCAGCAGUUCAGCGACUUCUCUACAGAGAUGCAGAUCCUCCUGCUCAGAGAGAGUGUUCACUACAGUUCCCCCCUGAUCCCUAGCCAGAGUCCUCCAGGCCAUCCCCCCAUCCUGCCCUUCUCUGAGUAUGUCUCCUUCUACAACUCCUCCCCGCCUAUGCAGGACUACGUCAGCUCCCUGAGAGACCGCAUGGGCACCGUCAUAGACACACAGGAGCAAUGGAUUCCUAGCAUGGUGGCCACUGACUCUCCACUGGUCUUUUCUAACAAUAACCACCACCAUGCUAGCCACGUUCAUAGAACUACAUACAACUGGUACCCUUCUUCUCGUGGCCCUGUUUCUCACUCUGUCCCCAGCCCUCACCCUCCAUCCCUGUCUGCCUCUGGUCGUGCUAGUUCAGACUCUUACAGUUCUCUACCUGUGUCUCAUUCUGUCCCCAACUGCCACUCUCCUGCCUCUUCUUCUGGCCCCAGCCUUAACCUUGCUAGUUCAAACACUUACAGUUCUUUAGCAGUUUAUCAGUUUCCCUCAGCUGUGUCUCAGUUUAAUAGUAAUAAUAACAAUCAUGUUAUUAUUCGCUCUUCAUCCUUCCCCGGUCCUGGCACUGCCUCUCCUUUUACCCCUCCCCUCUACAACAACCCAGCCCAGACAGAGCUGCCUCUAUCUCAGCUGCACUCUAGUCUAGCGCCCCUCCCCAUCCAACCACUGGCACUGGGCAACCAGUGGAUAACAACAGCGCAAACAACAACAGAGAACCCGGACUCAGACUGCCGAGAGCAACUGGGAACGUGCAAGCCAAGUGCUAUGUCAACCACGACAAAGAACACUGACUUAGAUGCUCGAGGGCUACGGGGAAAGUGUAAGGCACAAACGAGUGCAACGUUUCAAUCAAAAGACAAUGUCAUAAUUGUUGAUCCUCCGGUUUCAGAAGCCACCAUGGUGGAUCCACAUCAUCUCACUCAGAUGAUUGAGAGUUCUUCAGGGGUGGGAGGGCCUUUCCCAAGCUCAGGGCCGGAUCCACCUGCACCCAUCAGUAGUCUGAUUAGCCAGCUGAAACCUGAGCUGUUCAGUAACCUGGUGAAGAUUAUAAAAGAUGUCCAGAAGAACUCUGUCCAGUUCUACAUCCACCAUAUCAAGGUACUAAACAUUUGGGGUUCUUAUAAAAAGGGUUUUAUAACUACAUUUGAAUAAUUGAAUGGGGUGCAAACAUGCAGUCACACACACCAACCUCUCUUUUUCAUUGCAUGUUUAUGUGCAGUGCCACUGUAUGAAAAAUACCUUGUUUCUCUCUCUCAUUGUCCUACCAGGAGUACAUCCAGAGAUUAGGGAACAUAGAACACAGUCCUGAGAGUUUCUUGGAAAGAGAGAACUGUUUGGAAAAGUAUGGUUCUCAUGCAGAACAAGGAAAUCACAGCUCACGUUCGUAAGGUACUUGACAACAAUAUCAGUCAUUCCACGAAAUGAGUACCUUUUGUGUCCCUUUGAUAUUUUAAGUAGAAAUUGUGCACCGAUAUUGGAUUUUAAAAGCCUUUUAAAUUAUGAAGUGCCCUUAAUUCAAUACAUUUUUUAAUGAAUAAAGACUUCUACUUUGAAGAAUCUCAAAUAUAAAAUAUUUUGAUUUGUUUAACACAUGAUUCCAUGUGUUAUUUCAUAGUUUUGAUGUCUUCACUAUUAUUCUACAAUAUAGAAAAUAGUCAAAAUAAAGAAAAACCCUGGAAUGAGUAGGUGUCCUAUGUGUACAUAUAUACAUACAUACAGUGAGGGAAGAAAGUAUUUGAUCCCCUGCUGAUUUUGUACGUUUGCCCACUGACAAAGAAAGGAUCGUCUAUAAUUUUAAUGGUAGGUUUAUUUGAACAGUGAGAGACAGAAUAACAACAAAAAUCCAGAAAAACGCAUGUCAAAUGUUAUAAAUUGAUUUGCAUUUUAUUGAGGGAAAUAAGUAUUUGACCCCUCUGCAAAACAUGACUUAGUACUUGGUGGCAAAACUCUUGUUGGCAGUCAUAGAGGUCAGACGUUUCUUGUAGUUGGCCACAUCUCAGGAUGGAUUUCGUCCCACUCCUCUUUGCAGAUCUUCUCCAAGUCAUUAAGGUUUCGAGGCUGACGUUUGGCAACUCGAACCUUCAGCUCCCUCCACAGAUUUUCUAUGGGAUUACGGUCUGGAGACUGGCUAAGCCACUCCAGGACCUUAAUGUGCUUCUUCUUGAGCCACUCCUUUGUUGCCUUGGCCGUGUGUUUUGGUUCAUUGUCAUGCUGGACUACCCAUCCACAACCCAUUUUCAAUGCCCUGGCUGAGGGAAGGAGGUUCUCACCCAAGAUUUGACGGCACAUGGCCCCAUCCAUCGUCUCUUUGAUGCGGUGAAGUUGUACUGUCCCCUUAGCAGAAAAACAGCCCCAAAGCAUAAUGUUUCCACCUCCAUGUUUGACGGUGGGGAUUGUGUCCAAAUACUUUCCACAAUUGCCUCAUACAUCAUCCAACCUUUGGAUUGCUGCCAUUGUGGUCUGAUUCAUCAUAGCACUGUGAGGACAGUGCCGUUGACGACAAAAUGUUAUCCCUCUUCCUGAGGAGUAGCAGGGGGUACACUCCUACCUUGUGGAACCUAUGUACCUGGAAUCAUUAAUGACAAGAUAACUUCCAGAAACACAACAAAUAUCAGUCAAAUAAUGACAUUUAGAUUUACAGUCUUAAAUGAGACAACAACAAAUAAGUGCAUAGGGCCUAUCAUUUCCCUAAACUAGAAAUGCAGAAAUCUUUUUAAUGGAAAACAUAAUUAAAGCUUACCAGCUUGUUUGCUGCAUUAACCAAGGUUGCAUAUCUUCCAUGUUUCGUUGUCUUAUUUGCCCAUUCAUCUGUUGCCUUCAUUUUUUGGGCCUCUAACUUGACCUUUAGCUGUAUUUUUGCACCACAGAACUGGCACUUCUUUGAUGCUCCUCCUAUUGCUGUUUUACAACUAGGACACAGCUUACGGCUGGAGCCAGGAGCCAUUCUGCAUGAAAGGUGGAUACGAAAGUGUCUGAAAGAAUAGCCCUAUACACAUAACAUUGACUGAUGUUGCACCAGGGAGGUCCACUCUGGCACGGGGCUUGAAUUGCCAAGGAGAACUAGAGAUUGUGAGAUAAAAAAAACUAUACUAACAAUAGCAAUUAAUAAAGAGUUUGGCCAACUAAGGAGCUGACGACGAGUUCACAUUAAACAUCAAGCCCCGACCCUUCUCAAACCCAUUAAAGAAGUGCUAUGUGUGUGUUUUGAAGGUAACGUGGGUUUCAAUGACUCAAUCACAUGGGUCAGAUCUGAUAAUGGACCUCACCUGGUACUUAAACAAAGCCUAACACUUUGACAUUACCCCACAUGCCACACUGUAAUGUAAAAAUGUGCCAUACUAACUGUUGUCACCUAGAUAUAGGCUGCCUGCCAUAGCCUCAGGAGCAUAGUGCAAUGAGUGUCGUUAGUUGACAGAUGAAACAGUACCUGGGCCAGUGAGAUUUGUUUAUUUAUUUUAAGCUACAAAUUUUGAAUAAUCUCCUCCAGUUGGUUGGCAUUUUGAAACUACAACCUGGUUUGGUUUUUGAAAACAAAAUAAAUGGGAAGAAAGAUGAAUGAAUUAAAAGCGAAAAAGUCUCCACUUACUUCAAAUGCAGCCAGAGGAUGGAUCAAGAGAUCUGUAUCAAGAGGAUGGAGAGAGAGAGCAAGAGACUAAAGGUGUCAGCCGUAGGUCUGAGUGGUCUGAAUAGAAGGGUGGUAGGUGUGAAGGGUCUGAAUAGAAGGGUGGUAGGUGUGAAGGGUCUGAAUAGAAGGGUGGUAGGUGUGAAGGGUCUGAAUAGAAGGGUGGUAGGUGUGAAGGGUCUUUAUUUGGAGCUGCAGGGUAAACAGAAUAGAACAAGUUUAGAAUUGUAUUUGACUGCUGUGUAUGUAGGAUACUUAUUUUAAUUAAUAAACAUGUUUAAUUGAGCAUUAAGAUUGUACUACAUUUGAAAGUGGAUUACAUCACAAAAACUACAGGUGAUGUACAAAAAUGUAAAGAAUGUGAAUGAUGGAUAAUAAGAUGACCAUUGGAUAGAUACACAUUCACUGUGGAUGGGAGCAUUGCUGUCUGGUGGGUCCAAUUCAUCCAUUGUUUGCCAUUUUAAAUCUUGUGGAGCAAACAAUUGUCUUUAGAAAGGCUUUGAAAAGACAAGUUGAACUAGCUCUAUUAGACAGGGGUGUCAAACUCAUUCCACAGAGGGCAGAGUGUCUGUGGGUUUUUGGUUUUUCAUUUCAAUGAACACCUGGACAACCUAACCAGGUGAGCUGAGUUCCUUGGUCAUUUUUGACCUUCAUUUAUCAAUCAAGGGUGGUGUCACGACUCCCGCCGAAGUCGGCUCCUCUCCUUGUUCGGGCGGCUAUCGACGUCACCGGCGUUCUAGCUAUCGCCGCUCCAUUAUCAUAUAUCCAUUUGUUUUGUCUUGUCCCAUACACACCUGGCUUUCAUUCCCUAAUCAUUCUAUAUCUAUUUAGCCCUGUUUCCCAUCAUGUCUUUGUGUGUAAUUGUUUUUUGGUAUUGUGGAUUAUUGUCGGGCGCUUUACUUUUGUCAUGUUCCGUGUUUUUGUCAUGUUAUUGUUUUUAAGUGCUGUGUAUUUUGGAACGGAAUUAAAGUGCGCCUGUUCACAACA